AAAUCUGGGAAGUUUGCAACCCGCCCCCCCCUAUCCCCAACACCCCAAAGCUUAUGGCGGCCUUUCCAUGUCGGACCAGGAGAGUGGUACUAGACCUUCUCACUAAGUUAAAUGUGCAGGCUGCUCCUCAAGGCACAGUGCGGUUCAGCCGUAGUGUUUGAUUUCCCAACCACAGCAGUAUGGUGCCUCCAGGGAAAAAGCCGGCUGGGGAAACUUCCAAUUCCAAUAAAAAGUGCAAACGCUAUUUCAAUGAGCACUGGAAGGAAGAAUUCACCUGGCUGGAGUUUGACUAUGAGAGGAAACUCAUGUUUUGCGUAGAGUGUCGGCAGGCGCUGGUGAAGAACAAGCACGGUAAGGCGGAGAACGCCUUUACCGUGGGCACGGACAACUUCCAGCGCCACGCGCUGCUGCGGCACGUCACCUCCGGCGCGCACCGCCAGGCGCUGGCCGUGAACCGCGAGCAGCUGGCCUUCGAGACCCGCGUGCACGGCCGCCCCGAACUGCGCUCGGUCAUCAAGGUGGAGGUGAACCCGGCGAAGGUGGCCGUCCUCACCACCGUCUACUGGAUGGCCAAGGAGGAGAUCCCGGAUGAGAAGUGCUCCUCCCUGCUCAGCUUCCAGAAGUUCAACCUGUGCCAGGCGCUGCUGGCCUCGGAGCACAGCGAGUACUACCACCCCGGCAGCGUCAGGGAGAUGCAGGCAGCCAUCGCCAAAGUCCUGCACAACGAGGACAGGCACAGGAUCAAAGCCUCGCCGUUUGUGGGGCUGGUGGUGGACGAGACGGUGGAUGUCCUGGAGCACCGCAGCCUCGCCGUGUUCACCACAACUGUCUCCCCCUGCAACGGGCAGACCUCCACCGCCUUCCUGGGCAGCUUCGAGCUGCCCGCCGGGGAGGCCUCCACCGUGGCGGGCAAGGUGGGCGAGGUGAUGCGCUCCUUCGGCAUCCCCACCAUGAAGCUCACCUGGCUCAGCGCUGACAGCGCCUCGCUGGUGGCCGAGCGGCUGAGCGGGGUGGGGACCGCGCUAACCUCGCUCUGCCCGCUCCUCACCGAGAUGCACUGCCUGUCCCACGGCAGCUCCCUGCUGCCGGCCGAGACCAUCGGCACCACCGAGUACCUCCAGAAGUACGAGACCACUGUGGAUGCUGUGUACAGGCUCUACUCCAGCUGCCGGGGGGAGAGCGAUGGCCUGCAGGAGCUGCGGAGUGUCCUGGACCUUUGCGAGAUAGACCUCGGGAGCCCCAAAGCCAUCCACUGGACUUCUGUCUUCCCAGCCGUGGAAGCCAUCGACUCGUCAUGGCCCACGCUGGUGCUGCUGCUGGAGAGCGAGGCGGAGCACUCGCCUGUGGCCCGUGGCCUCUGCGAAGAGCUCAAGAAGUUCCAGUUCGUGGCCUUCACCAAGAUCCUCCUGGACGUCCUCCCCAUCUUUCAGAAGCUCAGUCGCUUCUUCCAGCUCGAGGACUUUGACCUUUCCAUCCUGAAGCCCAUCGUCUCGGCCACGGCCACCACGCUGCAGGCCCAGCAGAGCACCAGCGGCCAGAACCUCCAGGAGUUCCUCAGCGAGAUGAACGAGCACCCGCGGGACGGCCGGGAGGGCGAGAGCCGCCUCUACUACAAGGGUAUCGAGCUGGCCAACUGCUCCCAGGUGCACCUGAAGCACUUUGAGCACUUGAAGGAGACCUACCUGGAGAGCGUACGGGGCAACCUGCUGGACAGGUUCCCCACCAGCGUCCUGGAGGCCAUCAGCUCCUUCUCAGCCAUUUUCAACCCCAAGUGCUACCCGCAGUCUCUGGAGGACAUUGGCAGCUACGGGGUCAGCGAGCUGAAUUUCCUGCUGCAGGCGUACUCACGGGUGGUGGUGAGCGAGAGGGCCCUGAGCGACUUCCCCCUCUUCAAGCGCAUCGUCUUCAGCCUCAGCCAGCUCUCCUUCAAGGACCUCUGUGUCAAGCUGGUCUACAGCAGCUCUGAGAUGCACGAGCUCUUCCCAGACUUCGCUGUCCUGGCGGCCAUCGCCCUGGCCUUGCCCUUGGGCUCAGUCCUUGCCGAGAAGAUCAGCCGGGGCCGGGAGCUGCUGAAGCGCAGCCGGUCGCGCCGGAUGAAGGGCGAGGGGCUCUCUGACCUCAUGAAGAUCGCCAUCGACGGGCCGGCCAUCAGCGAGUUUGACUUUGCGUUGGCCAUCGAGUACUAUGAGAGCAUGAGGGAGUCUGGGUUCAUCGUGACGCAGGUGAAGUGAGUGUGGCCAGCGAGGGCUGAGCCCUCGGGCGGGAGCCAGGGCCUGCAGGCAGUGCCCAGCGCCAGCUCAGUGCUGCCUUCCCACAUCGCUGGUCCCUGCGGGGCCGGGUGGCCACGGUGGAUGGUGACCUGCUCCAUGCUGGGAAGAGGAAACAGAAUCCUUCACAAAGCCACGCUGGUCCUGUGACCGCCCCUCCCUCAUCUCCCAAGCGUCUGGCCGAAUCGCCCACGGUCCAAAAUCCCAGGGCCACCUGAGAUCCCAAAUUGCAGUGAUUUUUUUUUCCCCCCAAGAGUUUGUCAUUAUUUUGUCUUAGGGAUACGAAGGCAAAUCUUCUCUUGAGCUCAAAUGUCAUGUUGCCUUUGCACAAAGAUACCCAGCAGCUUCUGCUUAAUACUCUGCAAAAAUAAUAAUUUCUGUUGUUCUGGAGCCUCGAGAGCGAAUGCAGAAAAGGCAGCGCAUCCUCCCAGCCUUGAGUCGACCCCGACAUGCCUGGCGGUGUCGUGUUGGUGUUCCUUGUGCACAGCACAGAGUAUUUUUAGCAGUGGCAUCAAGUCAUGAUCAUUUCAAGAGCAAGAGAUUUAGGGAAUGAUAUUGUAAUGACCAAGGAAUACAAAUGCGUCACUGUGUACAUAUGUGUAUGUGUGUAUAUAUAUA